AUCUAAAUCGUGGGUCCUCAAUGUUGGAUUGACUAAGCAAAUUCAUUUUAGCGGUGUCAGUCGGAGUAAAGACAGCUCGUGAACAUGUCGAAUACGGAAGAAGACAGCUGUGGAGGAAGUGUUGCUAAAGGCAGCAGAACAGCAACAGACAGGGCUGCAUGCACAGACCACCUAACAGAGACGGAUGCCUACAUCAGACGCUCUUUACCUUUGGAUCCUGCAGAGGAGUACAAGAUGAACAACAAACGACGAGGCCUUGCACUCAUCUUUAACCAGGAGCGCUUCUUCUGGCGCCUGGGGUUACCUGAAAGAAAUGGAACCAAUGCUGACCGCUACAACUUGGAGAAAAGACUGAAUGAGCUUAACUUCGAAGUGAAGGCUUAUGAUAACUACAAACAGGUGGAAGUCUUAGAUAAAAUCAGUGAAGCCGCAGAGGCGGACCAUUCAGACUCAGACUGCUUUUUGCUCGUCUUCCUGAGCCACGGCGAGGAUGAUCACGUCUACACCUACGAUGGCAAGAUCAGCAUUCAGGAUAUCACAUCCCUGUUCAAAGGAAACAAGUGUAGGAGCCUUGUGGGAAAGCCAAAGAUCUUCAUAUUACAGGCGUGCCGCGGAGACAAACAUGAUGAUCCAGUGACUGCCUGUGAUGCCGUGGACAGUGAGUUGAAGACAAAUGAGGUGGUGGUUGACGCUAGCGCCGUACACACCCUCCCUGCUGGGGCCGAUUUCAUCAUGUGCUACUCUGUGGCUGAAGGUUACUAUUCCCACCGGGAGACCAUCAACGGGUCCUGGUAUGUCCAGGAUCUGUGUGAGCUGCUUAAAAUGUAUGGGGACUCCCUUGAAUUCACAGAAUUACUCACGCUGGUCAACAGGAAAGUGUCGAUGAGGAGUGUUGGGAACUGUCUUGACCGGAAUGCCAUUGGGAAGAAGCAAGUACCUUGCUUUGCUUCAAUGCUCACCAAGAAGCUCUACUUCCGACCAACAAAGUAACAGUUUCAGACCUCAGUCAUAAAAUGAGCCGGGUGGGAAACAGGAUCUCCUCUGGGAAAUUUUAAAGAGAUGUUUGUUUUUUCUAGUCCUCUACUGUAUGUUAAUCAUAAACACUAUUAUUCACAUUUGCAUUUAACUAUAAUUAGAAACCUUAAAAUUCAGUUGUUGUAUAUUAACAGGAACAACAUGCUCUGAAGAAUUAUGAAUAUUCUUUUCCUUAUGCUAUUCAAAAUUGUGGUUUCAUUUAUGAUGCAAAGUUUCUCUUCUGGAAAAAAACAGAUUUCUUGGCAGAUUUAUAAAAGGGUUUUAAGGUUUUUGCAUUUGCAUGACAGAGAACCAAGAUAGGCAAAGUAUCCGUGGCAGCAGAUGGUAGAGGAGAAAUCAUAUUGCUGACCAGCUGUUAGUAAACACGGUACUGUGUGAUUUACUGGUUUGUCUGAAUUUACUGUUGUGUGAAUGCAAACACAGCAGACAUUAUAAUGCAAUCUUAUCCAACAGCCCUGAAGUAAUUCAAAGUUAGACCAGCACAAUGGCGGGUCAAUAUGGGCUUAUUACAGCUACAUGUAUACACUGACAUAAGGGGUGAAAAAGGUAAAAACAGUUAUCUUAGAAACAGUGCCAAAUAUUGUCUAUGUCCAGCAAGCUCAAUUGUUUAUAUCAGCACAGCAGAUUACUAUAUCUCACAGUGGAUCUGAUCAUUGAGCAGUCGGUAAAAGGCAAUUUAGUAAUUUUCCCCCAACUCUGAUAACCAAAUGUGAGGGAUCCCUGCAAAAGCAACCACAGCAGAUGUGGUUCAGAACCUUAUAAAACU